ACAAGUGAAGUGAUUAUCAAAUAUCAAUUUUCUGUUCGGUGACGAUUUUCUAUUUUUCUUUUUAAUUGUAAUAUAUCGUAUAAUACAACAAAAUGGACGUAUCAUCCAAAAGUCUUUGUUUAUUUUCGAUUUUUUUACUUUUUAUACUAUCAUCAGUACAUGGACAGGAUAAGUGCGUUAAAAGAAAUUCAUGUAGUUGCGUAUUUCCCAAUGGAACGGGUAUUGACUUAUCCCCGUCUGCGAAGAAUUCAGUCUACACAUCGAAGACAAUUUAUGACGAGAAGAACAAGGGCGUAGAAAUAGAGGUGUCCACUUACUAUUAUCAUCCAUGCUUCAACGUGUUACUGACAAUUAAUCAGACGACGGCUAUGAAUGGAACCACUUGCAAUAAACCUUUGUCGCUAUGUAGGCAUAGAAGCACUUGGAAUGGAACCAUUAAAGACCACCUGACUAAAUAUGAAGACAUUUUUGAAUUUAUGGGAAGUUCAAAUGAUACCAGUGAAAGUGUUGAGUUUUCAGAUGAUGGUAGAUCCAUCAAGUACUUUAAUGAACCAUCGUGGACAUUUGUAGAUUUGGUAUGUGCAGAAACUGAUGAUCAAUUCUAUGUUAAGGAUACAACUGAGCCAGAUCAAAUUGAACUUGCUUUCUUCUCAAGAAAUGCUUGCCUUCGACAAAUAGAGUCCAGCCGUUCUGUGGGGUCCACGUUGCUGAUAAUAUUCUUCUCAUUCGUUAUUUUCUACCUGGUCCUCGGAGUUUGUACCAAGAAAUUCUUGAUGGGAGCCACGGGCAUAGAAGUUAUACCAAAUCUGAUGUUCUGGACUGAAUUGCCGAAUCUUGUUAAGGACGGCUGGGCGUUCGCCCUGAACGGGUUCAAGCUGCCGGCCCGCGGGCCCGGGCCCGCCACGUCGCCCGACCCCAACAGCUACGACUCCAUAUAACAACAGCGCGACGACGCGCUGCUCGACGGACAACUUGUGUUCAUCGACUAGCCACGAACCGGUACCACACCCUAAAUGGAGAUGUAUAGGUUAUUGGAAGAUAUUCUUUUCUCAAAAAGGCUUGGAAAUAUUUACAUUAGGUCUUAUACUAGCGGCUCAUCCACAGAAUAAAUAAUAAUACUAGGUACAGAAGACUCACUCUCUAACAAAACGCGUCUGCUACGAUCAGGACAGAUAUGGCCGCUAUGUGGCGACAGCGCCACGCGCGGCUUAUGGCUAGCCACCAAAAGUGGUGUGGAACGGAUGUACUUUUAGCUACCUGUAGCAAAGCGACGAAAUCGCGGAGUGAGCCACGCCUAGCUAAGGUCAAUAAUAUGAGACCGGCAUAUAACAUUUUUGGUUGGAAGGCAGGAAUUGGCUGUAAUGGAUACAACUUGGCCAUUCCCCUUACCCCCACAGCCGUCCAUAGCCGACAGUAUAAAAUGAUUGUUAACAACAUUGUAAUAAAGUUUACUAUUGCGUGUCAUAUAAAGUGGUCGUGGCAGUUAAGUCAAGUCGUGGUGGACUGAACCGUGUGAUAAGAUCGUAGUAAACGGAGUGGAUUCUCGUCAGGGAUUUUAGUUUUGAAGUAGCAUAACUAUAUCGACUAGGGCUUGUGGCAAAUUCAUCUAAUGGGGGGGGGGGGGGGAGGCGUGUGGUCGGCCUCUCGUUCAAAUUAAAAUUAGGCCUCGCGCGGGGCCCGUGGCAUAUUGCCCCCGUUGAGUUACGCCAUUACUUGAUUGUGCUCUACACUCAUAUAAAAGACAAGUGAGAAUUUGGUGAAAUAAUAAUAGUCAUAUUGUUUUGAAACUUUCUUAACCAUUAUAGUUUGACAUCAAAAUCAGUAAUCUAAGGUAAGUGACAUAUCGGUUGUUUAUGUAACAAGUACAGUUAAAUUAGAUAUUGUAAUAAUAUUCUAUUCAUGUACCUAGAAGUGUAUUAUUGAAUGUUAGUGAUAUUUAUUUUGUUUUCAUAUAAAUAUAAAUUAACCAGUAUUUCAUUUUAUUAUUGGUUAGUUAUUGUAAUUUCCGUUUUAUUCGUCUUGUAUAAUAAAAUGACUUUAUCAAUGCCCUAAAUACUAAGUAAUAUUUUAUUAAAUACCGGUAACUUCCUGAGUUGCACACGUAGGUACCUACUGUAUUUUUUCAAUACGACCAUUCGAGCUAACUCUAAAGAAAAAUAGGUAUAAAAAACUGCAAUUUUAAAGUCAAACUGUUUUUAUCUUCCAUAUUCUCCUUUACAGUUGAUCAAAAAAUGUAGUCACACCGUAAAAAUUAAUUCCCAUAUUUCUAAAUUAUAUUUUAUUUAAUAUCGUAAGAUGCCAAGAUUUUUACUUGUAUGUAAGUAUAUAAAUGACAAGGCUGAUAGUUAGGCAUCUGAAUGGACUUCGCCGUAAUUCCUAAAUUAUACCUAUUAUUUUCUUCGUUAUUUGCCUUUUAUCAAAGAAUAAUUUAUACCUAGUAGUAGAGAUGUAAAUUCAGCGGAAACAGAUGGCGCUGUACUGUGCCAUAUGUUUAGUAGUUUACUGGAUUGUUAUACGUCAACUUUUGACUAUCAGAAGGUGCAUUCACACCGCUAUAGUUCGUUUUUUUAGCAUUAGAAAAAGACUACGCGAUCUUGACUUGUCUAUUAUUUGAAAAACGCCUUUUUUUAUUCAGUAACCAUUACUUAUGAAAGCAAAAGAAUGUAAAUAAUCGUAUAUGAUUCAUAAUUGUUUUCAAAAGUGUUUUUCAAUAAAAAGACACGUUUAUACAAAGAUUGUUUAUCUUUUUUCUAAUGCUAGAAAAACGAACUACACUCAGCGUCACGGAAAUCGCACACCUAUUUCACUAAGUGCUGGAAUCGUUCAUAAUCGCUCGCACCACACGAAGGUGUGCGAUUUCCGUGACAAUGAGUGUAUUCACUUUAGUACAGCAACACGGUCGCAUCAGGUAACUUACCUGGUUAUAGUGCGUAGCUUUCAAAUAGAGCCCGAUGGCUAAUCCUAUUGUCUAUUGUUAAGUAAAACCGCACGUGCUACUUACCUGUAAAAAAGGGUCUUCAUUAUUCUAUUUGGCACCUGAGCGAGGGCUAGUCCAACGCUCAAAAAACCAGUGUAGGUGCGCUCUCCGAUAACGCGCCUUUGUUACGCAUCUCGAUGACACAUUUUAGACUGGUUCUGUAGCGUUCGAUUCGCCGGCACUCAGUAACCGAAGUACGUACGUGGCACGUGGCACGAGCGGUUUUACUUAACAAUAGACAAUAGGAUUAGCCAUCGGGCUCUAUUUGAAAGCUACACACUAUACUUACUGUUGCAGUGUUAACUGCGGUGAGGAUGCACCUAAAGUGACAAGUACAUCGCCAGCGAAUUUACCUUAGAUUACACGUCUUAUACAAUCAAUAAAUAUAUGCCUUGUAUGACCAGAAGCCAUCUUGAAUUGUCGCCCUAUGGGGUGAAAUUAAAAAUUCGCAAUUUCAAAUUACUACUUACAUUUAGAUAAACAACAUCUUUGUGGUUUUGGUUAAGUAGAUAAGUGUUGUAAAAAAUAUUAUUAUAAACGUAAACAUAUAAAUAAGUGCCAAUUUUAAAUCUCUACUUUAUGCUUCUGUAUAUUAAUAAAUAACAAGUAAAAUUAUUGUAGUCGCUAUCUAUGGUUGUUUGUGUAAUGAUGAUAAUUAUUAUUAUGUAGUAAAAAGGAAACUUGGGGAGUAAUCUACUUAUUUUGAACGUUUUACAUUUUUAUGAAACUGUAAUAAUAUAUACUGUGUACUAUUUUCCGACCCGUUUACUAAAUGUCUUCACUUUCCUAUUAUCUUCAGUAAUUUUAUCUUUCAACUCUUGGACCAAUCACGAAAUAAUAGGUCAUAUGAAUAAAAAAAACAUUUUUACUAUUUUUCUGUCUGAUUAGGUUAUAAGAACUUGUUUUAUUUAAACUUAUUAUAUCAUAUAACAUUUCUGUCUCCUAUUGUUUUAGUUUUAAGGCGCAGGGGGGUAAUUUAGAAUGCGGGAAAUUUCAACUAAUCGAAAUAUCUUCCAUGUUUUACAUUAUUAACUAGAGUGCCAUAAUUCCCCUUAUAUGUCCAGAUAACGAAAAAUAUGUUUCCUGCUAUUUGGACAUAUAGGCCACUCUAGUUAAUAAUGUAAAACCUGGAAGAUAUAUUCGAUUAUUUGAAAUUUCCCGCAUUCUAAAUUGCCCCCCUGCACCUUAUUUACUAUUGAGGUCACAAAUGUGUGUUCCCGUACAUUUGUCCACAUUGUUCAAUUCAGAUUAUAAAUCGUUUCACAUAUCUGUGGCCACAAUUGUACAUACAUAAUGGACAAAAGACGACAGCUUAAUGUCUUAUAUGCCAAUCAAUGUACAUAUAAUAUAAUCAUUAUUGAUUAUGUAAUAAUACUAUUAGUUACUCCAUUUUAUCUUUGCACACAGCAAUGCACAAGUAUUUACGAAUAUCACUGUUUGAAAUCUCACCAAAAUUCACAUUUUUUAAUUGUAAUUAUGUCUCACCAAACUUCUUCUUCUUCAAAAUUAUUUUCUUUUAUAUUUAUUACAGUGAAGUCAGAACCAGUGAUUAUUCGGAUUUUGUAGUUGACCUCACUUAGCAGUAUGUAGUUAGUCAUUUUUGUUGUUGGUAAAUAAAUUGUAGUUUUCGAUUUAUCAUUGUUUUUUAUUGUAGAGUGAGUCGGAAAUUUUGUUCUUAUUAUACAUUUAUUUUCGAAAGGUUGUAUUUUGUGGAGACAAAGAGGUUUGUUGUUUCAUCCACUAGUCACCCGAUCACACCUCAUGCGUUAAGUUUGAAUAAUUAAUGUUUUUAAUAAAUAAAUAAAGAAAGUAUUUGACGCACUAUAUACUUAGGUCAUACUGAAAAUUCCUGGACUGGCCACUUAGAAAAAAUAAGUCGUUUCAUAUAUCAGAAUCCGGAAAUUUUCAGUAUGGCCCACGUACGAGUUCUGCAACGUUGAAAUACUUAGGUAGUUACGAGUAUGUUGAUAUUGAGUUUGGUCGAAACGAAAUUAUUUAAUUGAAAACGAAUUCAAACCCAACGCUCUAAUAUAAUUUUUUGAACAUAACAUUGGAUAAGUAUGAAAGUAAUCACGGGUUUGGCAGUUUUGUCACUUAGAGGAUAUAACCAACGGAGACGCCAUGUCUAUAAUUUUCGGUACAAAAAACAUGAACGCUGAAAACAAUACACUCUUUUUGUUUGGGCAGCCGUGUAAAUAGUCUGCCGUUUUUUGCGGGGGAGGGGCACAUCAAAUGUAUAGGAACGUCAUGUCAGAUAAACGUCAGUCCAUACAUGGUGGUUGACAUGUGGUUGACCAUUGGCCGCCUAUUUUUGACAGAGGGGAAUGCCUGUUAAUGACCACUCCGUUUGGUUAUAUUCUCUAAGUUUUGUCAUCGAUGUUGGGAUUAAUAAUUCUAAUAUAGGUACUUUACACUUAAGUGUUUCAUUGAUAAAAUAAAUAAGUGUAUGAAGUGUACGUAUUAUAAUAUACCUCAUCGUAAUUUCAUAUGUUUGUCAAAUUAUAUGGGCAAUAAAAAUUAAUGCCUUA